AUGGCCACCUUCUCACGCCUAAUCCGCUUCCUCGCCAAAGACGGCCACGUCUACUACGGCGACGCCCUCCUCCCCACCGGCAUCACCGACAUCGCCAAAGCAACCCAGGCCCACGUCAUCCAAGGCGACAUCUUCGGCCAACACCGCGUCACCGAACAAAUCGCCGACGACAUCCGCACCGUACGCUGCCUAGGCCUGAACUACGAACAACACGCCAAAGAAUCCAACCUGCCCAUCCCCAAGUUCCCCGUCCUCUUCUUCAAGCCCGUCACUGCCAUCUCAGGCCCCUCGGAUGAUAUCCCCGUUGCGGGCAUUGCGCAGGAAGGCGAGGGACUGGACUAUGAGUGUGAGCUUGUGAUUGUGAUUGGCAAGGAGGCGAGGAAUGUGCCGGAGAGUCGUGCGUUGGAGUAUGUGCUGGGUUAUGCGGUUGGUAAUGAUGUUUCGCAUCGGGAUUGGCAGAUUAAGCGGGGUGGUGGGCAGUGGGGGCUUGGUAAGGGAUUUGAUGGGUGGGCGCCGUUUGGACCGGGGAUUGUUUCGUCGAGGAUUAUUCGGGAUCCGAAUGCGUUGCAUAUCGGGACGAAGUUGAAUGGGGAUGUGGUACAGUCGUCGUCGACUAAGGAUAUGAUUUUUGGUGUGGCCAAGACGAUUGCUUUCUUGUCGCAGGGUACGACUUUGUUGCCGGGUGAUUUGAUCUUUACUGGAACUCCCCAAGGAGUGGGUAUGGGUCGCAAGCCUGCUCUGUGGCUGAAGGAUGGCGAUCAAGUGGAAGUUUCCCUGGAGGGAGUGGGAUCCAUUUCCAACAAGGUGGUCUUUGAUAAGUCUACCCCCAAGCUGUGA